UAAAAAGAAAUGCCAUCUAUGUCCUGCAGUCUGAAAUCACUUUUUUCCGCUGCAGGUAGAAAAUGGUAGAUGGGCCACUUCCCAGAAAACUAUCUAAGCAUAAUGUAAUGUUAAACACAGGCAAUUUCUCUUCAACACAGCAGUGAGAUCAGAGGGAGGGAUGGAUUUUACACUUCUCUUUGAGCUCAGCCCACACUGCCUACCUGCUCUGCUUCCCCAACAUUUGUGUCCCCGCAGUGAUAAACCAGCGUGCCCUGUGCCUCCUGCAUGAGUAUGCUUGGCCUAGAAGGGGACUUGUACUUAUAGCUGGCAGAGAGGCAACAUCCUGAAGUGUCGUCAGACCCAGGAGACCUAGAGAUCUUCUUUACUUUUGAGGAGCCCAAGAGAUAAAUGGCUCAGUACCAUUCCAGGAAAGGCUGGAUGGCAAUAAAUAACAUGGCAACUGAUGGUACUGCCUCAUCCUUGAGGGCUUGCAGUGCAAACAGUUGAAUUGGAAUUAAAAGAUCAAUCUUCGACUGUUAGUCAAGAAGCCAUUCAUCUUUAGGAGCAGGACUUGAGAUGUAUGGUGCUCAAGUAAUACAUUAUUUGUAAAGGCCAAGAUUAAUUAGUUUUCAGUUGGAUAAUCGGGUGUUUAUUUUCUUCUGCCAAUGGCUCUCAUUCCUCCAUGCUGUCACUGAACUGAGAUAACCUGUAUGAACACCACUUUAUUAAUCGUGCCAGUCACGUUUUGCAGUCUACAUGAACUGGUUGGUGUGUGUGGAUGGAAGCUAACCUAACACCUGCCUUUUGUUGUAGGUUGUGAAUCCUCUGUAUGGACUCAGCUCAGCACCAUGUUUUCGUGCAGUUACAUCUGAGCACUGCCCUUGCCUCUGUUGCCCGGCUCAGCGCAGUACCACUGGCUGCCCUGGGCCACAGUGAAGCAGCACAGUGCCUGUGGUUUUAGAUGUGUACAGGCAAAACUCAGAAUUGGUUUGCGCACCCCAGCUGUCAAGAUUCAGGUCGUGCCUCAGCUCUUUUUGCUGCCCUGUGGCAAUACGAAUCCACGUACCGCCGUGCUGCUCCCUGCAGCCUUCACGCCUUGGUAAGCGUGCUUGCACUUGGGAUGGGUAAAAAUGCGUUUAGGAGUUUGUGUUACCCAUCUCUCCUGAAGUCACAAUCAGCCCGCUACGAAUCUCAGCUGCUUUUAAGCACGCCAGGUUCAGAGUUACCCCUUCUGCUUACACGGCAAAACCUGAAGGUGUUUCCAUCAUUACUUUCAAGGGGAAGUAGGACCCGGCGCGUUCCUGCACCCGCGCGGGGUGCCGCCGACCGGCUCUGCCUCCGCCACCCGCGCUGUCGCCGGGCCGCAGGGGACCGCUCGCCGCUGCGCACCGCUGCCCGCGGUUCCCCGAGCGCGGCGGGCGGCGGCGGCGGGAGGAACCUUGGUGCCGCGGAGCCGUUUCCCGCGGCGGCCGGGACGGCUUUGCGGCAGGACGCGGCCCGGCAGCGGCGCGGCGGCGAGGAGGGGCCGUGGGCUGCUCGCCGGCAGCCCCUCCUGGGAGCAGAGGCAGAGCGCGGCCCGCGGGCGGCAGGUAAAUACUCGCUUUGGUCUGUGGUCGGUGCGGGGCUCGAAGGGUCGGCGAGGUUCCGCAGCCCCCCGCGGCGCGCAGCCGGCCCGGGCUCCCCGCAGCCCCCGCCGUCCUGGCUGCGGGCUGCGUGCGAGGACCCGGGCGCGGCCGUGCUUGCGCUUGUAGCACAAACACGCCUGUAGUCAGUCAUGUGUCCGUCUGGAAAGGCACCGCUCCCGUGUGCGCGGAAAGGCCCGGGAUGCAGUUUCCCCCACCCGUAGCUGGUCGCGAUCCCAGCAGGAAUUUUGGGCUGCUCCCCAUCGGUGGGAUCGAACUCCAGCGUGUGUAGGCAC